UAACGUCUUGGCCGUGGCUGUGAACGCUACAAAUCCAUCUUGGGAGCAUUCAUCUUGAGUGUCGCGCUGUGCGUUUGGGAGCCUCAAAAACCUCACAAGACGUUCCGUUCUCGGCUUGGUCUUGGAUGUAGUCGCAGUCGUCACUCGCGUCGCCGGGCAAUUAUAAUCGUUCACUAUCUCUCCGCUAAUUUAAAUUCCAGAUAAGAUCUUUUGCAUCGAACGCUCAGUGCCUUGUACUUUUGAAAUCGCGAAAAACAUCGAGCAUUGUUUGUUCACGGGACUCGAAGAUGUUCUGGUGAGUGGCGUCUUGCAAGACGCACAUACGUUCGCACAGUAGCGGAUUAGAGCCAACCACCCCCCGGAUUAGUGGAUUAGUGGAAUUGGUAAAUAGUCGGCGACUCGAUGCAUCCCAAUUGGAUUUAAUAAGCUGUUAGCGCGUGCUUGUGAACAUUUUCGGCUUUCGCGGUACCGAUAAGGUUUCCUCAGGUGCAAAUUUCGAAAGUGCUUUCCGAUCGAUCAGGUAACGAAAUACCUGUACGGGUUGUGUGGACGGAGCCGGUGCCGUCUCCAUCGCCGCCUUGCCGUGCUACCUGCGUCCCGCGGGCGCUCGCAAGUAGUCGCGACCCUAGCAGCAGGAAGUGAGUGCCCGUCUGGAGUAUCACCUUAUCAGCGGAGUGCAAUCCACGAAGUGUGCAAAAAAUUGUGUGGAAGAAAACUGCUCAAAGCGAACACCGCAGCAGUACCGCGAACUGGCAGUGAAGGCAAGACAACCACGUCCCGCUGCGCACCUCUCCAAUAUUGCUGGAUACCAGCCCGGACUCAAUCAGUAAAUAUUUACUCAAAAGCCAGACUUGUUAUCAGUCUGAGUCGCUAAUUCCGAACAACAAUGGGAGAUUCUAAUCGGCGAACGGAGAACAAACUAGACGAUAUUAUGCAAGGCAUCCUGACAUAAUCGGGCAACAAGACCGCCGAACCACCAAGCGAGUGGCCAUUUGCUACAACAACAAAGACUCCCCGAGCAGUUCAAUGAAAAUUCCAGCAAAGGACAUUGAAAAUGUAUCGAAGAACUAAUAAAUGCUGGCUGCAGAGUUCCUAUAGCUGUUGCUGAUGGCGUCUACGGACGACUAGCCGGUCUAGCAACAAAUUGUUGUUUCCCUGUGGAAGUUGAGGCAUCGUGAGAGGAAAAUUAAACGAAAUUCAGAGUCUUCCGGAUUGAAAAUGAAUAGUGAAAUCUUCAAUAUGCAUUCAAGGAUAAUAUCGAGACGUUUGCUUCUGGUGCUUCUCUUGGGUUGCGUAGUGCGGGUGAAUGGAAUGGCAAAGCCUCGCAUCUGCAUAGGAUAUAUUGAUCCAUUUUUCAACUCCAUCGCCAACGACUCCGAGGAGGAUUAUAAUGAUCGAAAUGUAACAGACAGCCAGGAACCUGCGCAAGUGGAAUGCAAGCCUGGGUUUGAUUUCUGCUAUGCUUUGUGGAAGAAACGAUCCAAUGGAACGAUGAUAAUCAGACAAGGAUGCUGGCAAUAUUCAGAGAAAGUUGGUCCUUGCCAGAAGGAACAAUGCGUUACAACGAGACCCACGGACACUUCGCAGGACUUGCGAUUUUGCUGCUGUUCCAGCGAUUUGUGCAACAUGAACGAAACGAGUUUCAUUCAACUUGAGCCUCAAGAGAUCUCAUCAAAUGAUACCGAUGUGCCUGAAAUAGCUGAAUUUCAACCAGUUUGGAAAUCGCCACUUUUUUGGAUUGUUUUAAUAAUAAGCGCGCUUGUUACAACAAGUCUGCUAAUUGUAUUUGGAUUUCGACGACCGCCGAAAUCUGGACCAGAAACCGCACCCCUAGCACCUUCAGGGCCAGGAUACAGUUCGAAUUUACAAAACGUUGACAAUCUUAAGUUGUGCUCAAUGAUUGGUCAGGGAAAAUAUGGAACCGUCUGGAAGGGGAUGAUAAAUGAACAACCGGUAGCUGUGAAAAUUUUUCCGGCUCAACAUAAACAAUACUUCGUCAAUGAGAGAAAUAUCUAUUCUGUGCCAUUUAUGGAUUGUUUCUCACUGCUUUCGUAUUUUGGAUGCGACGAAAGACGAAAUCUUGACGACAACAUUGAAUAUUUCCUGGUGCUUUCGUUAGCGCCAUAUGGAUGUUUACAAGAUUGGCUUAUGGAAAACACUACAUCAUAUAGCAUAUUCUGCAAAAUGGCUAAAUCAAUAACACGAGGUCUGUCUCACCUACACACAGAAAUCAAGAAAGGAGACCAGGUGAAACCCUGUAUUUGCCACCGAGAUUUUAACACUCGCAAUAUAUUGGUCAAAGCAGAUUUCACAUGUUGUGUAGCAGAUUUUGGAUUUGCCUUAAAAACCUUUGGAUCAAAGUAUGAAUACAAAGGCGAAAUCGCUGUUGCGGAAACGAAAAGUAUUAACGAAGUAGGAACCUUACGUUACAUGGCACCUGAGAUUUUGGAAGGUGCAGUUAAUCUACGAGACUGUGAAACUGCUCUGAAGCAGAUUGAUGUAUACUCUCUGGGACUUGUCCUUUGGGAACUGUGUGUCAGAUGUCAUGAUCUUUACCCGCACGGCCAGUCUCCUCCCGCUUAUAAGGCACCAUAUGAAGCUGAAAUAGGAAAGAAUCCAACUUUUGAACAGAUGCAAGUCCUUGUUUCAAAACAUAAAGCAAGACCGCUCUUCCCACCUGGUUGGGGUGGUGGGCCGGCAGGAAAAAUAGCUCGUGAUACCUGCGAAGAAUGCUGGGAUCAUGAUGCUGAAGCUCGCCUUACCGCUCUUUGUGCCGAGGAGAGAAUUCAUGAACUAUCUAAUUUGAGACCGCGUUCAUAUAUAAGCCGAGGACCUAGCCCGCCGUUAAGUGCAAAUAAUUUGGUUUCUACAGCAGCUCCUUUGACUUAUGUUACCUCGAAUCAUGCUACUUAUCACAAUGCAGAUGCCUCAGUAAUCACGCCUCCGAACCAAAUUAUUCCAAUAGUGAAUAAUUGCGGAAGCGAAACAACAACAACAAUACUGAGUAUGGCUUCACCGAUCACAGAAAAGAACCAUAAUAUUUACUCGCAACCAAUUCAGGCUUUUCAGGGAAGAAAUCCUUGCCAAGAAAGGAAUUUAGCGCCAGUCAAUAUACAAAACCAAGUAUUCAUAGAGAAAAGUAAGAAACACAGCUUCGUUGAAAGGGGUCAGGAAAAUAGUCUAUCUUGCUUGGAAGACGAUGUUAGUGUUGAAGACCUUAUAUCCUCCAACCGAAAUGUGAUUGAUCAGACAAUUAUGGGUGAAGGAUUCCCAAAACAAAAUAAUACAGACAAGAAACUUCGUGGCUGGCAUGGAGUGCGAGCUUUGAUCCAGAAAAAACUAUUCCGCAAAGAUGCAUCAAAAUUGAACAUAGAUCCAGAGGAAAAAUCAAAUUUAGUUGAUAAUAGAUUAGCUAUAAGAAUUGAUUCAGCAUCGCCCACAAAGGACAUUCGUGUCAAUUUGGUGGACAUAAAAAAUAGCAAAUAUCAAAAUGGUAACAACGUGCAAACUAGACUCGAAUCUUCCAGUGCCCGCCCCAGCAAUUUGGAUUUGAACCCAAUUACCGUUCGGGUUAAUGGCCUUUCUGUGGACAACGCUAAAUCAAACCUUAUUCGAAAUAUUUCCGAGGAUUCGCAUACCAGGCACAAGAAGAGUCUAUCAACGGAUUGCGAUUACAGUGACUCUUUUAUAACUUCCCCUCGAAUUGUUAUUUCAAAAUCAGCUAGUGCUGUGAAGAACCUGAACAGUGCGGCAGAAGAUAAGGCGAUUAAGCGGCAAAGGAGCCUCGAAGUAUUCAAGGAGAUAUUUGGAAGCAAAGCCAGUACCGAGCGGCUAAGAGACCCUAGUCAAAGGGUAAAGACACCGGGGGAUGUUCCGCCUUCGGUACGGAAAGUGCGCGCUUCAAAAACACUUAGCUUGUAUGAUGACAGAAUGAUGGGUUCGGACGUAAAUAGCCUCUAGCAUGAGGAGGUGCUGCUGCUAGAAAUAUAGGAAAAUAUUUUCCUAAUAUAAUCUAGCAGCAGACCUCAAGAUGGAUGUGAGUUAUAGAUACUAGUUCUUAUGACGAAUAGCUGUUUAAAGAAUACUCAGAAAGAUAUACAAUCAAAUCAUAAUUUUACGGUAAUUGCAUCAUUGCGAAAUGGGAAUUGAAUAACUAAAAAGGCUGAAAGGAGUUCAACGAAUGCUAGUGGAAUAUGUUUUGAUGUUUUUACCUUUCAAUUUUUUGCUGAUGGAUAAAAUGUGAUUUUUGAAAGUAAUCUUAAAAAGAAACCCUUCCUAUAUCGAAGGUUUCAAUUACUCCCGGUUGCCUCAAUUUAUCAUCGCUAAGUUUUUAUAAUUAAAUCAUGCCAGGUUCACUUUA